AGGAAGAGAGAGGAAGAGAGGGAGAGAGGGAGAGAGGGAGAGAGGAGGGGCUUAGAAAGUAUGAACUUGUGUAUGAUUCAGCUGCAGGAAGCCUGGAGAAGCGAGCAGCGCGCAGCCGGGACGCUCACUCGCCUAAAGGCUCCUCAAAGGGCGACUUUCUCCACUUCCUCCCAGUGCACUGCUUUCCCAGUCCGGACUAUUUUGAACCCGUCCUGUUUUGUUUCUUUCUUCUUUCCACGCUGUGCGUAAUUUCUAUCCAAGAUCGAGGAGGAGGAGUUGAGGGGGGGAGAGAGAGAGAGACAGAGAGAGACAGAGGGGAAAAGGCGACAUCACAACAACACGAGGACGAGGAAUCAAGAAAGGGACCUCAAAGGAACUGUGGGUCGGGGAGGGGGGGUGGCUGGCGUGGGGGGGAUGAAAGUCGUCUUGGAUAUCUGCUUGGUUUUCCUCAUGCUGUACAGUCCCGGCGUGCUGUCCUUGUCCACACAUGUAGCAGUAAUAUACCCCCAGGACCCCGUCCUGCGCAUGGGGUCCAACCUGACCGCCAGCUGCUGGGUCCACCCUGACCUCGGGGUCCACGCCGGCUCUCUGUUCUGGACGCUCAACGGUCGACAGCUGCCCAGCUCCCUGUACAGAGUGCUGAGCCCCUCCAACCUCAGCGUGACGCUGGCCGGCCUCAACGCCUCCAGACAGACGUCGGGCGACAACCUGGUCUGCCACAACCACAAGGGGCACAUCAUGGCCGGCUCCUGCCUCUACGUCGGCAUGCCUCCAGAGAAGCCGGUCAAUCUGACCUGCUGGUCCAGGAACACCAAAGACCUGACUUGCAGCUGGGCCCCUGGAGGAAAAGGAGAGACUAACAUCAGCACGCUGUACACCCUCAAGUACAAACUCAGGUGGUACGGCAAAGAGAAGGAGUGUGAGGAUUACAGUCAUACGCAGCCGUACUACUGCAGCAUCACGCGGGACCUGCACCUCUUCACGCCCUACGAGAUCUGGGUGGAGGCCUCCAACCAGCUUGGGCAGGCUACGUCCGAUGUCAUCACUCUCGACAUCCUAGACGUGGUGACCACGGACCCUCCGUCGGGCGUGACUGUCAGUCGUGUCGGUCAGUUGGAGGACCAGCUGGGUGUUCGCUGGGAGGCUCCGCCCGCUCUCAAAGACUUCCUGUUCCAGGCCAAAUACCAGAUCCGCUACAGACUGGAGGACAGCCAAGACUGGAAGGUGAUGGAUGAUGUUGGGAAUCAGACAUCUUGUAGAUUGGCUGGACUGAGACCUGGAACAGUGUAUUUUGUCCAGGUCCGCUGCAACCCCGUGGGCAUCUACGGAUCUCGCAAAGCCGGGAUCUGGAGCGAGUGGAGCCAUCCGACCGCCGCAUCCACGCCGCACAGCGAGCGACUGAUGUCGGGCUCCUGUGACUCAAAGUCCAGCGGGGAUUCCAACUCCACCCUCCGCAGGGAGCUGAAGCAGUUCUUUGGGUGGGUGCGGAAACACGCCUACGGCUGCAGCAGCAUUUCCAUGAAGCUGUACGACCAGUGGAGAGUGCUGAUGCAGAAAUCGCACAAAGCUCGCAACCAGGUAGGUUCUCCAAGGGGAUAAAUCCUAGCACACUGCUGCUUCAACGAGCAGAAAACCAGUGAGGGAGUGUGUUCUUUGUCUAUGUGUGUGUGUGUGUGUGUGUGUGAGAGAGAAAGACAGAUUGUAUUCAUAUAUGGGGAUUAUAUGACAUUUUGAUGUGGACAUUUUGUGCAAACACCAGCCGUGACCUGCGAGAGGAAGGAAAGUGUGGGAUUUGUCUUGUCAUCAUCAGAAGCCUUUUUCAGUCGGAAAAGAUGUAACUGAUCCUGCUAUCAUCAUAAGCAAGAGCCCAUGUGGACUAUUCUGCUUCCUAGAGUGGAGGUGUAGCAUGAAUAAUGUGCUCUAAAGCGAUCAAAACAGAUUCAAAGAAACUAAAAGUGUUUCCCGAGCAUCUGAGAGUAUUGUCUGACCUUUUGUUGAGCUUUUCCUGUGGAUCCAAAGCACCAUCUAGUGGCAGUUCAGCAUCCUGGGAGACUCCAGAGGCCAUCGUUGUCCCGAUGGAGAAGAAGAGUAGUUACACAAAUAUCAUACAGUAGUUCCAUGUCAUGCUUUGUCAUGUGAGUGCCAAACUGGUCCACGCUGCAGUUACGUGUUUCUGAGCGAUGUGUCUGGUGACGUGAUGGUGUUUGUUUAUGGAGACGUUUCACUGCCUUUAUUUUUGUACUGAAUUGUACCAGCAUAUUUAAAUCUGUAUAAAGUUAUGUUUUAUGUCUUAAGUUAUGUUUAGUUAGUAAAGAAAUAGCAACGAGU